GACCGGCCGGGAGGCGCACGAGCCGCGGGGGCGCUGCGGGGCCGGGCGGCCCGGGGGGUGACGGGAAGGGAGGCCGGCUCGGCGCCGCCCAGGCCCGGGCUCCGGGCGGGAAGUGGGCGAGCGCGGCGGUGCGGGGCGCGCGGGCGACAGGCCAGCGGGAUGGGAGCGGGGUCCUCGGGCGGCCCAGAGCCUCGGGAGCCGCGCUGAAGCCGGCGGCCGGACCCGCGUGGAGCCAUGUGUCUGCGCCUCGGAGGCCUGAGUGUGGACGACUUCCGGAAGGUGCUGAUGAAGACGGGCCUGGUGCUCGUGGUGCUGGGCCACGUAAGCUUCAUCACAGCCGCCCUGCUCCAUGGCACAGUGCUGCGCUACGUGGGCACCCCCCGCGAUGCUGUGGCUCUGCAGUACUGCGUGGUCAACAUCCUGUCUGUCACUUCCGCCAUCGUGGUCAUCACCUCAGGCAUCGCAGGCAUCGUGUUGUCACGCUACCUCCCCAGCACCCCCCUGCGCUGGACAGUGUUUAGCUCGAGUGUGGCCUGUGCUCUUCUCUCUCUGACCUGUGCCCUUGGCCUCUUGGCCUCCAUCGCUGUGACCUUCGCCACCCAGGGCAAGGCGUUGUUGGCUGCCUGCACUUUUGGGAGCUCUGAACUAUUGGCCCUCGCACCUGACUGUCCCUUCGACCCCACACGCAUUUAUAGCUCCAGCCUGUGCCUCUGGGGCAUCGCCCUAGUGCUCUGUGUGGCAGAGAACGUGUUUGCUGUGCGCUGUGCCCAGCUCACCCACCAGCUGCUGGAGCUGAGGCCCUGGUGGGGGAAAAGCAGCCACCACAUGAUGCCAGAGAGCCCAGAGCCGGUGGAGAGCCGUGACCUGCUGAGCUGCACCAGCUCGGAGCCUCUGACCCUCUGAGAGAUGAUGUCUUGCCCAGGGCCCACGGCCACUAGGACCCUGCAAACAACUCUGCUCUGUGACCAGGCCAGGAUUCCUGGAGCUGGCCUGAGAGGGCUCAAUAGACUAAAGGGGACCCAAGUGGGGUUUUCAGCCCCCUCCCCCACCACCCAGGCCACUGCACUGAAAUGAGACUUUAUUCUGAAAUUAUUAAAAAGAACAGAGAUGCUC